GACUGAAUCAAAUUUAGGAUUCAACAAUGCCUCGGUGGAAAAAAUGAAUGGAACGGAAAAAGAUGGAUCCUCGCAAAGAAAUGCUUACGUCAUGCCCUUGACUAUUCUCUCUCUGGUUCUGUGUGUUUUGGGGUUACUGGGCAAUGGAACUGUGUUUUGGACACUUUAUUUCAAGAUGAAAGGAAACCAGUUUACCAUCUAUAUCCGCAACCUUGCUGUUGCUGACUUUACCUUUUUGCUUGGAUUAGAGGCAUGGAUGCUGUACAUGUUCUGUGUUUUAAACGGAGUAAGGAAUUUACCAGUUGUGGAAGGCAAUAUUGCUUUUAUCACUGGACUGUUAUAUAAUUUUGGAUUUAAUACGAGUACUUAUCUUCUUAUGGUCAUUGCACUGGAGAGAUGUCUUGCUGUUUUAUAUCCAUUUUGGUAUCAAUGCUAUAGGCCCAAAAACUUGUCAGGCUAUGUGUCCAUCAUAUGUUGGUUGUUGUCCUUCCUGGUAACAGGGCUAGAAAAUUGUAUAUGUACUGGUAAACAACAAUAUCAAGCAUCAGGUUCACAAAGCUGCACGGAUGUUUACUUUUUUACUUCGCCCCUGUAUCUUAUCAUUGUUCUCAUUAUGGUAAUAUCCAGUUUAACCCUUAUAUUUCAGAUUCAAACUGCUUCAAAGAAGUGCCACACCCCAAAAGUCUACAUAGUUAUUGUCAUCAGUGUCACAAUCUUCCUAAUUUCUGUGGUACCUGCAAGAAUACUAGGCCUUCUGAUAUACUUUAAUGUCCUGCAGUCUAACCCAUUUCUGGUUUCAUUCUUCUUUAUAACAUCCCUGUGCUCAUCCUUUAACUGUAGUGCUAACCCAUACAUUUACAUGGUUGUAGGUAGAUGGGGCAAGCUCAAAUCCGAGGACGGAUCGAUUAAAACAUUUUUGGAAAAAGUGUUUAAGGAUGUUGCAGAGAUGGAAAAUCCAACUAAAAAAACAUAUAAUAUUAAGGAUAGCCCAAAAACAUACAAUGUGCCGGUAUAGGCCAACAUACAUUUGCUUAGUCUAACAUGAGAGCUUAACUGCAUGGACAAUUCAGAUCUCAUGCAUCUAAAUAUCUCAGUAAGCAUCCAACCACUGGUCUUAAUGACUAAACAUAUAAGGCAUACACAUCAUAUUCUCAAUAAACCACUUAUAAGCCAUGUCCCAUUUUAUACUGUAACAUACAUUAUUGUACUAAACACAUGCACUAUACGCCACAGUAUCGCUUAAAGAAGAGCACACUCUAAAAGAAACUCCCUCUGCAACAAAGAAAAUGUAACAUUUUCCAUAAACAUUAUUGUGUUAACAGGUAUCAUAGCAGCUUAGAAUAAUCUAGAUAUACAUCUUCAUAGUUACAUAGUAGGUGAGGUUGAAU